AUGCCGCUUAUCGCCAGCGAGUUCAUCUGGCACGAUUACACCACUCUUGCAAACGGGUUGCGCAUCCCAAGAUCCCACGUCCAUCCUCUCCUCGAGCAGCUCGAAUUAGCCUGCCAAGCCGGAUCGCUGGAGGAAGUCCAACGGAUCCUCCCCCAGAUAACUCCAGUCCCGGCGGACAUUCCUGGAAAGGCGUUGGUCUCGCUGCAGGGCAGUAUCCGCGCCGCUGUGGAGCAGAAACACCACGAUGUGGUUCGCGCGAUGCUGCAGAGCGGCUUCCUACCGUAUAACUUGUCUUGCCUGGCCGUCGACGCCGCGUUCCAUGGUGGUGACACCGCGAUGCUAAAGCUUUUCAUCGAGGCCGGAUGGGACGUCAAUGAGGCUGGCCCGCAGAUGAUUAUGCGGCCACUCCUGCGCCACGCCGUCAACCUCCCUGACCUGCGGGCGUUUCUGCUCGCCCACGGCGCCAGCCCCAACACCGAGAACCAGAGGCGCUUGACGCCGCUGGAGACGGCGGUCCAGUGGUCGGGGACGGAUGUCGUCAGGGACCUGCUGGACCACGGCGGUGACCCGGCCAAGGACGACAGUUUGGUAGCGGCUGCGGAGGUGGGGAAUAUCGAUGUUGCCGACCUUUUGGUGAGCAGAGGCGCCGAUGUGAAUGCGCUGGAAAAGGAGCUACCGCAUCCUUGGGGCCAGAGGGAACGGAGGACCGCGCUGGAGGUGGCACUGGAGAGAAACCAUCAGGAUAUGGCGGUGUGGCUUAGGCGCCAUGGGGCUACGGCUAGGAAUAAUACUUGA